AUGAAAUUAAUUGCAUUAAAUUUUAAAUAUUUUACUAUUCCAUGGAAUCUAUUUGAUUUUAUCAUUGUAAUUGCAUCAAUUCUUAGAGGACUAUUAGAAGAAAUUAUAGAAAAAUAUUUUAUUAAUCCAACAUUAUUACGUGUUGUUCGUGUUGCACGUGUUGGAAGAAUAUUACGUCUUGUGAAAGCAAAAGGUAUUCGAAUAUUAAUGUUUGCAUAUGCUGUUUCGAUGCCUGCAUUGUUUAAUAUUGGCCUUCUUCUUUUUCUUAUCAUGUUUAUCUAUUCAAUAUUUGGUAUGUCAUUUUUUGCUUAUGUAAGAAAAUCAGCUGGUAUAACAGAUUUAUUUAAUUUUGAAACAUUUCCUAAUUCAAUGAUUGUACUUUUUCACAUAUGUACAAAUGCUGGUUGGUCUGAUGUUUUUCAAGCAUUAACAAAUGAUCAACCACCAGAUUGUGAUCCAACUAUAAUUUCACCAUCACAUAAAGGUGAUUGUGGUGAUAAAAUUAUUGCAACAUCAUAUCUUAUAAGUUAUGUAAUAAUUACUUCUCUUGUUGUGGUAAAUAUGUAUAUUGCAGUAAUACUAGAAAAUUUUUCUCAAGCACAAGAAGAUGUACAACAAGGCUUGACUCAUGAUGAUUAUGAUAUGUGUUAUGAAAAAUGGCAACGUUUAGAUCCAUCAGGUUCACAAUUUAUACGAUAUGAUCAAUUAUCAGAUUUUAUUGAUGGUCUUCAACCACCAUUACGUAUUCCUAAACCAAAUCAAUUAGCACUUGCCGCUAUGGAUUUACCAAUAUGUGAACAUGAUCGUAUACAUUGUCUUGAUAUAUUUGAUGGCAUUACAAAAUAUUUUCUUGGUAUAUUUAAUGUAUCAAUAGCAAAUAGUGAAGCUAAUACAUCAAUUGAUAUAAAAAAAGAUCGUCCAAAAGAUUAUCAUCCUAUAACAACAACAGCACAACGUCAACGUGAACUUAAUUUGAGUCGAAUGGGUUUAAAAGGUUUCCGAACUAAUGUUGAACGACGUCGAAAUGAACGAAAAAAUCGAGAAUCAAUAGUUAGAAAAGUUACAAUUGACGAACUCAUUGAAUCAGAUGAGUUAGAAACACCAACAUUAGCAUCGGACGAUAAUCAAAAUCAUGAAACGAAUUUAACAACACCAACGUGA